GGACCCCCCAGGCGGGCUGGGGCUGAGCCCGGGGCCGGGGCGGGGGCUCCGGGGGGACCAUGCCCGGAGGCCGGCCGGCCGCAGCAUGGCUCACGGGCCCGGCGCGCUGAUGCUCAAGUGCGUGGUGGUCGGCGACGGGGCGGUGGGCAAGACGUGCCUACUCAUGAGCUAUGCCAACGACGCCUUCCCGGAGGAGUACGUGCCCACCGUCUUCGACCACUACGCAGUCAGCGUCACCGUAGGGGGCAAGCAGUACCUCCUGGGACUCUAUGACACAGCCGGACAGGAAGACUAUGAUCGUCUGAGGCCUUUAUCUUAUCCAAUGACUGAUGUCUUCCUUAUAUGCUUCUCUGUGGUAAAUCCAGCCUCAUUUCAAAAUGUGAAAGAGGAGUGGGUACCAGAACUUAAGGAAUACGCACCAAAUGUACCCUUUUUAUUAAUAGGAACUCAGAUUGAUCUCCGAGAUGACCCCAAAACUUUAGCAAGACUGAAUGAUAUGAAGGAAAAACCUGUAUGUGUGGAACAAGGACAGAAACUAGCAAAAGAGAUAGGUGCGUGCUGCUAUGUGGAAUGUUCAGCUUUAACCCAGAAGGGAUUGAAGACUGUUUUUGAUGAGGCUAUCAUAGCCAUUUUAACUCCAAAGAAACACACAGUAAAAAAAAGAAUAGGAUCAAGAUGUAUAAACUGUUGUUUAAUUACGUGAGAAACGUCUUCAGUGGCCAAGUAAACUGUCCAUUUCUCUCAGAAAGCAUAUGAAAUGCUAAAGCUAUACCCAGACCUCUUAUAAAUAAUGAAGCAGUUUAAAACUUGAAAGGAAAAAAAAAAAAACAAACCCUGUCCUCAGAAUUCUAUAAAGUUGAUUAAGAAUGUUUCUUAAAGGUCCAAGAAGCAACAAACAGCAUCUGAAGCCACAAUCUAUUAUAAAUACUUUAUUUCAACUAGAAGGUACAAUCUCUCAGGGGUUUCAUAGUUUAAAAAGCUACAAUCACAUCAUGUUGUAACUACAUAAAAAACAGUGCUGUUAAGUGGAACUGCCUGGCUUAGACCAUAUACAUACAUGUCUGCACAGUCUUUAUGGAAUCUGCACAAAGAAAUAUCUUCUCCCUUUGCUCCAAUUAACUGUUCUUGUAUGUAAGUUUCUUUCUAUUCCAGUAUAUCCAGAGUGGUGAAGUAACAAGGCCAGCCACGUAGCCAAAGGUUGCUCCAAGCGUGCAGGAGAUGGGCCAUUCCUGAGGAGAGAAUGUAUGAGAUCAAAAAGAACAAAUGUUUUAUUAUUACUUGAGCACAAGUGUAACCUAAAUAUUUCUAUAUUAAAGCUUAAUGUGCUUUCUUAAAGAAUGCCAAAA